CCCUUCUGAUGGAACCUUCCAAAACACAAGAAAUGGCCAUCCAACAAAUUACGCAUGCGCAGUAGUAGGCGCUUUAAAACAAGUCUUGAGGAGGGAACAUGAAGGCAUUUGCAGGUGGACUUGAAUUGUAGUCGAGGACAGCAGCUGCUAACUUCACAUGGGAAGUAGCGGUGGUUAAAUUGCUUCGCCGAGGCGUUGCAGGAUGAAAAGUGGCCGUGUUCGCCAUGACUCUGAGAUCCACGCUGUUUCCAUACACAGGGUUCAAGCAGCACGCUAGCACUAUCGACUUUGACAAAACUCACAUCGGGUUGGCCACUGUGAGUCCUGUAAGCGUCAAGAGGGAGUCCUGCGACUUGGUUAUAGAUGUGCAAGGGGGCGAGAUCCCAACCAAGCCUAAGGACUUAGAGCAGAAUUACAUGACAAGCAAAGUUGCUCUCGCUGCUACAGUUGCAGAAGUAGUUCAAGGAGACAAUAAAACUGUGGGGAUAUUGUCCCCUGUCAGACCAAUGGGGGGUGAGGGAACCCCAGUGAAAGGUAAACCCCUCUCUGUUGACAAUAUGGAUAAUCCUCAGAUGGCUGUGAACAAUAACCCAAAGGAUGCCGGUGCUGAUGACAGUGCAAAGGGGGUUGUCCCUGGAGUCCUUGGCACAGCAUCCAUUGAACUCUCCUCUGAGGGCAAGUGGAGGAACAUCAGGAAGACCCCUGCCAAUCCACACACACAAGCCAACUGCCUCCGGCAGAUUCUCCUCUUGCAACUGGACCUCAUUGAACAACAGCAACAACAGCUGCAGUCCAAGGACAAGGAGAUAGAUGAGCUCAAAGCAGACAAGGAGACAUUGCUUGCACGUAUUGAACGCAUGGAGCGUCGCCUCCAGCUCACAAGGAAAGAUCCUCCUCGUGACAAGCGCCUUUUCCAGCCCCUGGAGCCGUGGACCCCUGACAAAGAGGACAUGUGGGACCUGGACAUAGAGGAGAGUCCACAGCCCAACACAGCCACUCCACUGCCCUUUAGUCGGGGUGGCAAAGGUCAAAAAAGGAAAUCCUGCUUUGGAGAUUCAAAAGCUCAAAAAUCUCGUGGCAAAAGUGCCAAACUUAGCCCCCAGAAACCUGAAAUUCAGCCCAGCUCUCCCAAUCAAAGAGAGCUGCGCAGUAAAGAAACCCCAGAGAAGACUGUCCCUGUGCGAUCAGGGCCAGAGAAGGACAUUUUGCUCCCAUGCAAAGAGGAGCCUGAGCUGAGCUGUCAGAUGGAAGAUCUGCCCUUCAUGUCUACCACAGAGAUGUAUCUGUGUUGCUGGAACCAACCUCCUCUGUCCCCUCUGCGUGAGACUUCCCCUAAAAAGGAGGAAGAGGUGGCCAGUGAGUGGACUCCUCAUGUAGUACAUGAUAUGCUGAUUGUUUUUCCUUCUUGGAGGGAAAAUUUCAUAGAGCCCUUGGAUGAAGACCCCUCAUUUAACCCUCCUGAGCCGCUGGACGACGGUGUGUUUUUGAAACGUCACAUGAAGCUCGAGUUGGAUGAGAAGAGGAGGAAAAGGUGGGACAUCCAGCGAAUCAGAGAGCAGCGCAUGUUCCAGCGUCUGCAGCAGCGCAUGAACAGGAAGAAAGUGGUCCAGGAGACCGAGCCGGAGCUGUCGUCCUUCUAUCCCGACACUGAAGACGUUGAAACUAUCGUGAUCACUCCAUUCUUGCCUGUGGUUGCAUUCGGGCGGCCGCUGCCCAAACUCUCACAACAGAACUUCGAGCUGCCUUGGCUGGACGACCGGAGCCGAUGCCGCAUCGAGGUCCCCAAGAAACACACGCCUCACCGGACCUGCCGGAAGUGAAACGUACGCGGCGUUAAACCGGCGGAGAGACGCUGCUCCACGCCCAGAUGCUCCGUUUGUCCUGUCUGGGGGCGGGGAGGGAUAAAUCAUUAGUCGCUGUGUAUAGCUGCUGUCGCUUUCAGUCUGUGGGAGAGAAAACGACUCUCCAGCCUCCACACGUCACCACAGACCAGCUGAUCUCCUGCAGAAUACUGGCUCUGAGGGGUAUUUUUGGUCUCCCUGCACCUCUUCCAUUCUGCAAGAUUACAGUCCUCAUGUCAGCAGCUGCUCCAGAGUUACAUGCAUGUUCUGUAACAUGUCAGAGAUCCAUGUUGUUGGAGAUCCUGUUGCUUCCUAUGCAUAGUGGACAGAAGUGGGGACUCUAAUCUUGAGAGCAUUUUCAGCUGCGUUUCCACCCAAAGUAACCGGAACUUUUAAUGUGUUUUUCCGUAAAUUGAAGCGUUCCUUCACACCGCGGUCUCGAUUUAGCAAAUUGGGGAAAAGGCGGCGGCUGUUUUUACAUAUCAUUUUUGUGCACGGCUGUACCGUAAGUUGUUGUCGGUCCGUCUGUCGUAUGCUUUCCUCUGCAGCACCGUGAACAACAUGCAGCUACAGGUCUUUAAAAUAGGACAGCUGACAGAAAGUUCUCAACCACUCAUGAUCAAUUUCUGUACUUUUGGAAACAAAGAAUGAAAAUUCGGAGUUCAAAAUGUCCCUAUUUCUCAAUUUCCAUGGUGGAAACGCAGCUUUUUUGGCCAUUUAGACUGAAACUAGAGCUUCAACUGUUCAUCACUGAGCAAUACAGCUUCAUCCUUUUGCUCUGGGUAGUUUUCCCACUCAUUCUCCCUGCCUAAGUGGGGGGGGAAAAAAGUCCAAAUCUGACUGUAUUGUGCUGUGUAUUGCCUAUAUCGUUGUUCGCACACAACUUCAAUAAGAUUUUAUCACUGUUCAGUGUGACAUUGGGAGUUUUGAGCCAGCAUGACUUCAUAUAUUUUAAAAAAAAUUGCAGUUUUUGAGCCAAUCCAAUGGAAGGAGGGAAAAAAAUUAAGCAAACAGAUGAUCGUUCUUAAAGGCACGGAAAAUUUGACGGGUGGUAAAGUUGGCGUGAAACCCAGUGAUCUGUUCCCUGUUCUGUUUCUAUUAGUUGCAUCUUUUUAUAUGUGAGCUGCAUGGACUCUAUUUAGCUGUUUGAAAAGACGAUGAUAGCAUGGCUUCACCCCAGAACGGAGAAGAAUCUCUGCUCAUUGGACGACAAAAUAUCGAAAGCAUGACUUUUGGCUGCUCCGUUCAGCCUCAUCUUAAUCCGAGAAUAACAGUUCUGAUCUUGAUUUCCGUGUUUCCGAUCUUAAUACGCUUACAUUCAGUGAAUAUAAAUCAACUUAUGUGUAUGCAUUUGCUCUCUCGAGUUCGAAAGGGAGCCGUUUUAGACGAUAAAUAAGCUUUCUAGCCGUAGUUAUAGCCACCAGUAUGCUCUCUAACAUGCUGCCAGUUAAUCUCUCCGGGUUCGUCUCGGUCGCAGUCUGAUUUUUCUGCCGGUGUUUCUUCCUCUUCCUCGCUGCGUUCGCUCAAACUGUUCUACGUACGACGAUGCAACGGCUUCCUGCAGCUUCAACACUUCAAACUGCUACGUGAAGGCAGGUUUUUGGAAAGUUGAUUUUCCUUUUUUUUUUCCUGUACAUAGCUUUCAGAAACAAAUGUACAUAAAACAUGGCUGUUAUUUUUUUAUUAUUUAAUGUCGGAAGUGUUGAGUACAUUCAGUAUUGUUCUAUGAUUGUAUGUUGACAAAAUUGACAGUUUUGAAAGUUAAAUUUUUUUGGAAUAAAAUGAAUAUGUCUAUGA